AUGGGUCCACCGAAGAAAGUUUGCUACUACUUCCACCCCGACGUCGUCAAUUUCCAUUACGGCCCUCGCCAUCCUAUGAAGCCACAACGACUAGCAGCCCUACAUAGUCUCGUCUUGGCCUACGAUCUCGACAAAAAGAUGGAUAUGCGAUUGAUGCCCAGAGCAACACCCGACCAAAUCAUGGCCUUCCACGAUGAGGAGUACGUCAAAUUCCUACACGGAAUCUCCCCGAAUGUCGCCCGCGAGUUCGAGGCCGAUUUCCCGAAAUUCAACAUUGGCGAAGACUGCCCAAUCUUUGAUGGUAUCUACGAUUUUUGUUCCUUGUACACGGGCGGAUCGCUGGAUGGAGCGAUGCGGCUGAAUCAUAAAAUGAACGACAUUGUCGUGAACUGGGCGGGCGGGCUCCAUCAUGCGAAGAAGCGAGAAGCUUCAGGAUUCUGUUACAUCAACGAUAUCGUAAUCGCCAUCCUGGAAUUGUUAAAACACCAUCGAAGAGUACUUUAUAUCGACAUUGACAUACAUCACGGGGAUGGCGUCCAAGAAGCCUUCUAUUUUACAGAUAGAGUGAUGACGCUUUCUUUACAUCGCUACGGCAACCACUUCUUUCCUGGGACCGGCGAUAUGUACGAUUGGGGAGAUGCCGAUGGACGGCUUUUCUCCGUCAACGUACCACUUCGCGAGGGAAUCACCGAUUUCAGUAAGCAAUUUUUUCUUGAAAUAAACCUGAAUUUGGGCUACACAAUGCUGUUCAAGAAAGUAAUGGACGAAGUGAUGUGCAGUUAUCAACCGGAAGCCAUCGUACUCCAAUGUGGGGCCGAUAGUUUGGGCGGCGAUCGAUUAGGGUGUUUCAAUUUAUCCUUUGACGGCCACGCCGAGUGUGUCGAUUAUGUAAAGAAAUUCCAAGUGCCUAUGAUGGUUCUAGGUGGUGGUGGAUACACGUUGCGUAACGUAGCCCGGUGCUGGGCCAACGAAACUGGAGUGUUGUUAGGAGAAAAGCUGGUCGACGACAUCCCAGAAAACGCCGAAUAUCUACGCUUCUUCGCCCCCGAUUUCACGCUCCGCCCGAAGCUCGCGCCAAGAUUUGAGAAUGCAAAUUCACCUGAGUAUCUGGCGGCAAUUCAAGAGCACGUCUGUGAGACUCUACGAUUAGUCAAGGGUGCCCCUUCUGUACAAAUGCAACCCAUCCCCCCUGAUGUACUAUCGCUAAACUCGUCCCGAUUCACCGGAUGGGGCAAACUGCUGAAUGAUGAUGAUGAGGGCGAAGGGGAGAACGGCGAUGUGAAAGAUGAAGACCCCGCA